AGAGCGAGAGAAAAGUGCGAGAGAGAGGCAGAGGAGAGAGCGAGAGAAAGAGGCGCGAGUCGAGAAUGGUGAAAUCGCUGAUGAAAGAAUGCUUUCGCAAAGCCAAAGUCGUUGCUCGGCGGGAAAAGGACGAUAUGAAGGAGAUCAAAGCUAUCAUUCCGCAUCCACAUUUUCCACCCUAUGCCGUGGAAAGUCCCAAAGCAAUUUAUCGGGUUCGAAAAUGCUUUGGUAGGGGCUUCGUGAAGAAUAUAUGUGGCUCACAGCAAGAGGCACCGCUGUGGAUUUGGUCGGCAAGGAUUGUUGGGGUGCUUACCCUCGGGGGGUUAUCAAUAUCGGCUCUUAAUUGGGUGUUCACAGGAAAGUCAAGUAUUCGAGAUUUGUUUAAUUAUGAGAAGGAGUUGCAGAGGAUUUCCAAGCUGAAGAAGAAAGUUGCUCGGGUGGAGGAGCAAAAUAAGCUCUUCGUGGAGCUGAUUGAAACAGAGGAGGCAGCAAUAACGAAAUUGAAGGUUAAAAAAGGCUGGUUUAAAUAAUUCACUGGCAACAACUUCAACAUAACAUAUUAACAGAAUGUCAAGGCAAACAACAAGGAACUGAAGCUAUGGUGCAUCAUACAGCAACCAUUUAUGUUGUUUUAUCAUUUCUCUUUAAUCUCUCUUCAAAAUUAAUUGU